AUACAAUACAAUACAUUCUUAUUUUCCAAUCUCAUGGCAAAAUCUAGUUGUAUUGUUUUGUUAGCUUUCUUUUUCACUACAGCACUAGCUUCACUCACCAUUCGUGAACAAAAGUAUUUAUCAGAAUGUGCAAGCACUAUUGGAGAAUAUUGUGGAACACAAUUCUACAACAAAGUCUUCUCUCACAACAAGACAUCAAUCACUAGAGAUUGUUGUUACAAGAUUCUUCAAACAGGCUAUUCUUGUCAUAUCAGAAUGACUGUGUUUAUUCUAGAAACCAACCCGGACUUGAAAAAUGUAGAUCGGAUUCCUUAUAUUACCGCAAGCGACAGUGUUUUUCAGAAGUGCGAUCGUGUUACCCAACCUGAGAACCCGAAGUUUUUGUCUACGUGUGUGGAAAAGAUAGGAUCGGCUUGCGGAGAAGAAGUUAUUAACAAACUAGUUCAAGAUAAGGAUGUGAGUAAACAAUGUUGCGAAAAGGUUGUCAAAACGGGUCCGUCAUGUCAUACGAGUUUGGCGAAGGCUUUGCUUCGGACACCGCCUAUGAAGAAUGUGGAUGCUAUUCAGUUUUUGAAGAAGAACAAGAAUAUAUACAAUGAUUGUAAACGUGAGGAAUGAAAAUUGUAGUGAAAUAAACUAUACUAUAGUUGAAAAAUUUGUUCAUUAAAGAACAUUGAGAAAGUUAUA